AUGGAGAGAGAGACAGAGGGCGUGCAGGGCAGACUGCUGGGCGUCUUCCCCUGCCGCCGCUGCCCCAAGGAGUUCUCCAACCCCAUGGCCCUCAAGAACCACCUGCGCCUCCACACCGACGGGCCCAGCCGGCGCCGCCACCCCUGCCCAGACUGCGGCCGCGUCUUCCGCGCCGCCACCCAGCUGACCGCCCACUGCCGCGCCGUCCACCCCGGGCACGAGGGCUCAGGGGACCCGCGUGGUGGUGACGAGACAAACCAAGCGGGCUGCCAGCCCGCCCAAGACGGCUGCCGUGCAGGCCGAGACCCUUUCCAGAAAGGCCAAGAUGGCUGCCGGCCAGGCCCCGGUGGCUGCCAGCAAAUCCAAGAUGGCGGGCAGCUAACGCGCGAGGGCUUUGGUCGCCUGCAAAAUGGCGGCCGGCGAGGCCAAGAUGGCUGCCCACCAAUCCAUGAUGGCGGCUUGCGUGACCAAGAUGGCUGUCCGCCCAGCCCAGACGGGUUCCCAUCAAGCCUAGAUGGCUGCCAGGGGGGCCAAGAUGGCCACCAAGUGGGCCCGGCUGCCGCUGCUGCUGCCGCCGCAUUCUUCCCUCCCCUCCCCGGUGGCGCUGGGACCCUCCUGAGCAACCUGGAGCAGUACCUGGCCGAGUCGGUGGUGCCAGCCGACUUCUCCCAGCUGGGCCCCGCCCCCAAGAUGGCGGCGGGAGCAGAGCCAGUGGAGCGCCGUUACCGCUGCGACCAGUGCGGCAAGGCCUACAAGCACGCCGGCAGCCUGACCAAUCACCGCCAGAGCCACACGCUGGGUGUCUACCCCUGUGCCGUCUGCUUCAAGGAGUUUGCCAACCUCAUGGCUGUCAAGAACCAUGCCCGCCUCCACGCUGGGCACCGCCCCCACAGCUUCCCAUUGGCUAUUGAGCCCCCUCGGGAGAGGCCGCAGCGAGCUGCCUCAUUGCCCUCGCGCUGCCCACCCUCAGAUGAAUGUGUCAAAGCCGAGAAACAUCCAGAAGUGGCAGGGGAAACUGAGGCACGGCCCUACUGCUGCGGCGACUGUGGGCGCACGUACCGGCACGCCGGCAGCCUAGUGAACCACCGUCAGAGCCACCAGACGGGCAUCUAUGCCUGCGGCGUGUGUGCCAAGCGCCUCUACAACAUGGCGGCCCUCAAGAACCACCUCCGCGUCCACUUGAAGGGCGAGGCGGGCAGCGAGGCAGACAGUGACCCUGCGGCAACCUCACCACGGCCCUAUCGGUGUGGGGAGUGCGGGCGCACCUACCGGCACCGCGGCAGCCUGGUGAACCACCGCCACACCCACCGCACGGGCGUAUACCGCUGCUCGCUGUGCCCCAAGGAGUACUCCAACCUCAUGGCACUGCGCACACACGUCCGCGUGCAUGGGCGCCGUCGUGGCGAGGGUGAGGAGGAGCGGGAAGAGAAGACCUGGCGGUGCCCGCCUGGCACCAGUGCCACGCAGCCCCACAUCUGCGGGGCCUGUGGGGACACAUUCGGGAGCCUGGGGGAGCUGCGGAGCCAUGCACGGAGCCACGGCGGGCCGGAGGGGCGGGCCUUUGCGUGCGAGGUGUGCGGGCGGCGCUACCGCCAUGCGGCCAGCCUUGUCAACCAUCGCCGGUGCCACCAGACAGGUGACUUCGCCUGCCCACUCUGUGCCAAGGCCUUGGCUAACAUGGCUGCCCUCAAGAGCCACCUGCGGGGGCACCAGCGGAGGAGCCGCCGGGCGGCACCAGGGACAGAUGGCAUGGUCAAUGAGGUCACCGUGCAGGAUGUCUCUGGCAACGAGGCCACGCCGGGUGACAUCUCGGAGGUCACCUUGGAGGAUGUCUCCACUGAUGAGGCCGCGCCAGGCGACGUCUCUGUCGAUGAGGUCACCUUGGAGGAUGUCUCUGCCGACGAGGCUGCGCCGGGCAACGUCUCGGUGGACAAGGUUACGCUGGGGGAGGACAUCUCUGCUGAUGAGGUCACACCGGGAGACGUCUCUGUCGAUGAGGUACCACUGGGGGAAGACGUGUCUGCCAGUGAGGUCGCACCAGGAGACACCCCCAGUGAGGUCACACAGGGCGGCAUCCCGUUGGGCGACGUCUCGGUUGACCGGGUCCCGCUGGGGGACAUCUCCAUUGAUGACAUCACGUCAGGAAACAUAUCCGAUGCCCGUUUUAGCAACGCAGUCAACGGAUGGCCAUGCCCCAAGGAGGAGGAUGUCGAGGAUGACGAUGAAGGGGGCAGGGCUUCGUCCCCAACCGAGCACCCGCCCCUGGCACCGGGCAUCUACCAAUGCUCUUUGUGCCCCAAGGAGUUCCCGAACCUGCCAGCACUUCGGUGCCACUUCGGCGCCCACGGGCGGGCACGGCCAGCAACCGAGCGGCCCUACCUGUGCAGCCUCUGUGGCCUCAUAUUCCCCGGCGAGGAUGACCUCCGCACCCACCACGGCCUGGCCCACGAGGCGCCAGCGCCGGCUUCACCUGCCUACCCAGAGCCGGACGGGCGUGGGGAGGACGAGUCACCGCUGCUCUCGCACAUCUGCGGCUACUGCGGGCAGACAUUCGACGACAUGGGCAGCCUGGAGGAGCAUAGCGCCGGGCACCGUGAGGAGAAGGAGGCGGCCCUUGCUGACACAUCGCGGGCCCUGCCGCCGGUGCCGCCGGGCGUGGAACCGCGCCCGUAUUCCUGCGGGCAGUGCGGGAAGACCUACCGGCACGGCGGCAGCCUGGUGAACCACCGCAAGACCCACCAGGUGGGCCACUUCCCCUGCGGUGUCUGUACCCGCCACUACCCCAACCUCUCGGCCUACCGCAACCAUCUCCGCAACCACCCCCGCUGCAAGGCAGGGCAGCCCUCACCAGUGCCCCUCCGGCCCGGCAAAGCCGGGCAGACAUCCGCUGGCCACCGCCGGCCAUCCCAGGAGGACAGGAGGACGCCAGAGGUACCCACUGGGCCCCUUAAUUGGCACAAUGAAGCCAAGACAAAGCUAGAGGCACCUGAUCAGCCCCCUGGUAGUGACCAUCAGCCACUGCAAGAGGACGCCAAGAGGCCACUGGACGGGCAUCCUAGUGGCAACUGCUGGCCACGGCAAGAGGGAGAAGAGAAACUGGAUGCCUGCGAUGGGCCCCCGGGUGGCCACCACUGGCCACUGCAAGAGGAAGCCAAGAGGCCACCAGAGACACAAGACGGGCCCCCUACUGGCACCCAUUGGCCACUGCAAGAGGAAGCCAAGCGGGCACAUGAUGGGCCCCCUAGUGACACCUGUUGGCCACCGCAAGAGGAAGUCAAGAGCGAGAUGGGGGACGGGUCCCCCGCCAGUUGCCCCCAGGUAGAGGAGGGUGGGGCAGAGCGGCCCUUCCGCUGCGAGCUGUGCGGGCGCAGCUACCGCCACGCCGGCAGCCUCAUCAACCACCGGCAGACGCACAAGACGGGCCUGUUCCGGUGCGGCGUUUGCCACAAGGCCUUCUACAACCUCAUGGCGCUCAAGAACCACCACCGCAUCCACUUUGAGGCCCGGCGCCACCGGUGCCAGCACUGCCCCAAGGCCUUCCGCCUCCGCAAGCAGCUCCUCAGCCACCAGCGUGGGCACCGCCAGCCGACGCCCACCCGGGGGGCACCCCGGCGGGCCCCCGGGGGCCCCCGGCGCCUCCCACCGGACCCUGAGGCACGACCCUACGGGUGCGAGGAGUGUGGGCGGACCUACCGGCAUGCCGGCAGCCUGCUCAACCACCGCCGGAGCCACGCCACAGGGCACUAUGCCUGUGGGGCCUGCCCGCGCACCUAUGCCAACCUCCUGGCCCUCAAGAACCACGAGAGGGUCCACAGCCGGGCCUUCAAGGGGCGGCGGCAUCCGCCGGCCCAUGCCCGGCGUAGGCCACGGGCAGGCAGCGGCCAUCUUGGGGGUUCUUUGGAUGGCCUCGUUGGGGGUGACCAUCUCGGAAGCCCUCCGGGCAACCAUGUGGCCUUGGACGAGGGUGGCGGCCAUUUUGGACAGCCUGUAGGCAACCCCAGGGGCAGCAGCGGCCACCUCGGAAGUCCCCCGGGCAACAACGAGGACUGCAUUGAUGGCAGCCAUCUUGGCAACCACAUCGGAAGGCCUUCGGACAAUCAUGUGGGUGGCAACCAUCUUGCAAGCCCCUCAGCAAACCACAUGGGGGGGCCCUCAGAGGACUGUGUGGCCGGUGGGCUUUUUGGGACUCCCUCUGGCCACCAUGUCAGUGGGUCCUCAGCCGGCCAAAUGGGUGGCCAUCUUGGGACUCCUUCCAGCGCCCGGAGCGGCCAGUCGCCAGGCAACCACGUUGGUGGCGGCCCUCUUGGAACUCCCUUCAGGUCCUCAGAGAGUCAUAUGGGUGGCAUUGGCCAUCUUGGAACACCUCCAGACAACCCGAUCAGCAGCACCCAUCUUGGAAACUCGCCCGGCGGCCAUCUUGAGGCCCCAACACCCGUCCCCGGUGCCUUCCAGUGCCCCGUCUGCCCCAAGUGCUUCCCCACGCGGGCGUCCCUGAAGAACCACGGGCGGGUCCACACCAAGAAGCGGUUCGAGUGCUCGCAGUGCGGCAAGGCCUACCGGGCCUCCCGGGACUUGGUCCAGCACCUGUGGCGCCACCAGGCUGAGGCCGAAGCCGCCACCGCCGCCUCCUCGUCGUCCUCCUCCUCCUCCUCGUCCCACAACGGGCCAGGCCCCGACCGCAGGCCCUACCAGUGCGACCGCUGCGAGAGGACCUACCGCCACGCCGGCAGCCUCCUGCACCACAAGAAGGUGCACACCACGGGGCGCUACCCCUGCCCGACCUGCCCCAAGGAGUUCCGGAACCUUCUCUCCCUCACCUACCACCUCCGCACCCACACGGACCAGAAGCGGCACCGGUGCCCGCGGUGCGGCGCGGCCUUCCGGACUGCUGGGCGCCUGGCUGCCCACUCCAAGACGCACGCUUCCGACAGUGGGAGCUGAUGCCCUCCGGCAGCCAUUUUGUGUCACGAGGGGGGAUGGGUGGGGGGGAGGGUCUUCACCCAUUUCCAACCUACCCCACCUGGUUCCCUCAAGGGGGGACUUCGAUUUCCUCAGGUCCCGCUAACGAACGUCUUAACGAGCCCCCCCCCGACCUCGCAGAGUUAUGGACUCUACUGG